AUGAGCAUACAUCUAACAAGUCAUAAGAGGCGUACAUUAUUUGAAGCGUGUGUUAAUGAUCAAGUUACUAUUGUUAAAAACAUUUUAAAAAAAGGACACAAUGUAAAUGAGGAAACAGAAAGUGCUGCAUCUCCAAUGUCAAUUGCUUGUGGAGCUGGCUCUUUAAAUGUUGUAAAGUUAUUUUUAAAAAAUAAAGUAAACAUUGAAAAAGGUUGCAAUAUAUUAGGUGCCACUCCAUUGAUACUGUCAUCCGACAGUGGUCAUCUUGAAAUUGUCAAAUUAUUAUUGGAAAGUGGUGCUGAUAUUACAGCUCAAUCAGCAACAAGUUAUACACCAUUAAUGUACGCCUGCAAUAAGGGCCAUGUAGCAGUUGUAAAAGAGCUGCUGAAAUGGAAAGCCAAUGUCGAUGAUUACAAUAAAGAUGGAUGCACACCGUUAAUCAUAGCAGCCAGAGGCGGUCAUGCUGAAAUUGUGAAGCUAUUAUUGGCUCAUAAUGCUAACAUUGAUUGCCAAUCAAAAUCCGGUAAUACACCAUUAAUAUAUGGUUGUGGUCUUGAAGGUCCAGGUCAUUUAGAAGUUGUUCAGGUACUUUUAAAUAGUGGUGCAAAUAUUGAAAUAUCCAAUCACAAUAAAGUAACUCCAUUGAUGGCAGCAUCACGUGCUGGCAAUGUUGAUAUCGUUAAAUUAUUACUGGAUCAUUUUGCUAACAUAAUAUUGAUUAAAAAUCAAACUUUAGAAAGACCUUUAAAUGCAUUGUUUAAUAUUGCAUUGUCAAUAGAUUCAAUUCUUAUUCGAAGUUUCUCGAGGUUUGGACAAUAUUCACUGAUAACUGGCAAUAUGUUACAAUGA